AAAAUCUCUCUGAAUUUUACAAUUUUCAUGUUGAACAAUUUUACAGUUGUGCAACUCUGAAAAAUUUCGACAGCUCCAAGCAGACUGCUAACGGUUUGUUAAUUGUUAGUUACAACCUAAUUGAAGAAAUGUCAAACUCAGUAGCCAAAUAUACCUUUCUUUUGGGAAUUUUGUUACUCCUACAUGCAGCUUAUUCUGCUGCUCAACAUCGAUCAUACCUCCGGCUAACUGAACAGGAAUUCACGUCACUUCCCGCAGAUAUUAUUCUUCAAACUAUAUUCAGCUUGUUACUUGCUGUUUAUGGAGUAACCAUGGUUGCAGGUGAUUUCAAAGAAAUUCGGUCCAAUAUUGAUCUACAGAAAAAAACUUGGAAGAAUCUGAAUAAUCGUCCCUCCUUUUACACUUUUAAUCAUCGUGGACAUAUUUUUAAUCCCAUACUUCUUACACGAACAGGCACUGGAAAAGGGGCAUUAGAAGCCAACUAAGAUCAAGUCAACCAAUUUUGGGCAUAUCCAUUGUAUGUGUUUCUGUAUGUUAAUAAAUUUGAACAUUGUAGGAAAUGUUAAA